CUGAUCUGUCCGUCUCCACUGACUGAACUAUUGACUGCUCCGCUUGGCCUAUCAACUUCGGGGUGGAUCCUGCCGCCGCCAAACCGCCAAACGUGACGUGACUCGCAGCCCGGAGAACAGAGAACACCCCCAUCAUCUGUCCUACCUUUCUGCACCGCAAGAGGGAUCAUCCCUCUUUGCAACUUUAACUUAGAACGGAGGACUCAAAGUGAAUGCGACGCGUGUAUUGAGCGUCUUGUAAGGACUGGGUACCCUGCAAACCCACCACAGUUACCCGUUGUUCCUUCACCUCAGGCCCAUAUCCGCCGCCCUCGGUACUGAUGGAGGAAGACACCGUAUCUGACUCGCUAUCCAGGCCGGAUUUGCGGCUACAAGCGACUAACUUCGCUGAAUAUACGGCUCCGUCUCUGUCACCUGCCUUCAAGCUGGAUGAGGGCUACUCGGAUGACACCCGGAGCCAGUCAGACAAGGAUCUAGUAUCGGACAAUGUCAUGUCGCUUCCAGAAUGGGUUCUAGCCCAGAGUGAGGCUGACCGCGCUGAAUUCGCGUACAGCUUGCUUCGAUCUCUCUCAACGACGACUCUUGCCGGCGUAGUCGACCGUCUGAACCCCCUUCUCCACAUGGACCCCGUUGUGAAAUUACCACCUGAACUCACCUUCCAAAUAUUCUCGUAUCUCGAACCCCGCACACUCCUGACGGCCUCGCUCGCGUCUCGCUCAUGGCGUAGUCGAAUCCUGGACUCUGGCCUGUGGCGCGUGCUGUACAUUGAUGAGGGCUGGCGAGUAGACGCACGCGCUAUUCGCAACUUCGAGCAAGAGCAUGCUGAAGCAAUGUCACCCCAGACCCGCCGUUCGCGCCCACGACACUCGGAGCCGGACUUGGGUGAGCCAAAGCUUAAGAAGCGUGUACCACCCUCGUGGUAUGACACACGAGGCGCAGACGGCCAGGGACCAUCGAAUGGCAAGGUUGGACCGGAUAACGAGGGCGAUCACCACAUGGCCGAUGCGAGCGAUCGAGGAACACACACCUCGAUCGAGAAAUCAGGACUUGCGUCGCCAAGUCUUGCCCACAACUCAAUCGCGUUCCUCCAGCCUCCCUUGAAAUCGUCGCUACUCACGCGAACGCCGAAUGGGUCUGUCAGGGUGAACUGGGUGCAUCUCUACAAGCAACGCCGGCGUCUUGAAGCUAAUUGGCACCAUGGCCGAUACACUAAUUUCCAACUUCCUCACCCGUCCUACCCGGAGGAUGCGCACCAAGAGUGCGUCUAUGCUAUCCAGUUCCAGGGGAAAUGGCUGGUCAGUGGAAGCCGAGACAGGACUGUUCGGGUAUGGGACCUGGAAACGAAGCGACUCUGGCACCGCCCUCUGCGUGGACAUCUCAAAUCAGUAUUGUGCCUGCAAUUCGACCCAAGCCCUGAAGAAGAUGUCAUUAUUUCUGGCAGUAGCGACAGGAGUGUGAUUCUGUGGAAGUUCUCCACGGGCCAGAAGCUCCAUCAAAUUACAAAUGCCCAUUCUGACUCGGUGCUGAACCUGAAAUUCGAUCAUCGGUACCUCGUGACUUGCUCGAAAGACAGAACCGUCAAAGUAUGGAGUCGACACGAUCUAUUGCCCAAUGACGAGGAUUACCCCCGAAUCUGCAACGGUGGUGGUGCUAGCUACCCAUCGUACAUUAUCGAUCUCAGCGACAUUGCCCCCAACAUGCUUGAAGCCAGCAUUGUCAACGGACACAUCAAGUCUUUAAAGGCAUACUCUCUGCUUAUGACCGUCGAGGGCCAUGGAGCUGCCGUCAAUGCAAUGCAGCUUCACGGCGAUGAGAUUGUGACUGCAUCCGGGGAUCGGAUGAUCAAGGUCUGGAACAUUCGCAACGGCACUUGCUUGAAGACCUUGAUGGGUCAUGAGAAGGGUAUCGCAUGUGUUCAAUUCGAUAGUCGCCGCAUCAUCAGUGGUAGCAACGAUAAUACGUGCAGGCAGGAUUCGGCGAUCCGCCCGGUGCAGACGAGGCUCUACGGAUGGAGGCCCUGGAGGUCGAGACUGCCUUUUGGAGAGCUCGACAAGAGGGUGCACCUGUGCAUCUUGGCCCCAGCGCGUUGCGUCGCGCUGGAUACCAAUCCAACACCGCUGGAUCUAGAGAUCCCCGGGAUAUCCGAGCUCUUGGAGCUAAGAUUCCUCCAGGUGGCGGAGGCAGUCCCUGGGCCCGGAUCGUGUCGGGUUCCUACGAUGAGUCGAUCUUGAUCUGGCACAAGGACCGUGAUGGCGCAUGGACGAUCGGCCACCGGCUGCGACAAGCGGAUGCUGCAGUCAACGCAGCUCGUGGGAACUUGAGCGACGCGGCACGAGCUGCUAUUCAAGCCCAGGUCCGACAGCUUCAAGCGGCUCAAGCCCCUGUAGUUGCGCCUGCGCCUGUAGUCCCGCAACCUGCAACCACCCAGAAUGAUAUCCAUGCUGCCGAUCAAGACACUGUCGAUGACACACCAACGCCACCUGCGACUAUCAACAAUCCGCCACUCUCUUCGGUACCCCAAGAUGGUGCUAAUACUGCUACCGGACCGUCCCCUACGGCACCAGCGACCACUACUGGCACCGCUACCAUCACCCCUGAACCAACACAACCUGCGGUACAAGCCACAGCACCACCUCCAAUGCCACCUCCGGCAGCAGCAGCAGCGAUUCCACACCCAAUCGCUGCUGGACAUCAAUUCCACCACCCUCAUCGAAACCGAGCCCCGCCUCCCACAUCAAGAGUAUUCAAAGUCCAAUUCGACUCACGCAAGAUUGUCUGCGCGAGCGUGGACCCACGAAUUGUCGGAUGGGACUUUGCAUGUGGUGACGAGGAGAUAUUAGAAGCAUGUCAAUUCUUCCGAGGUCUUUGAUUCUUUUUUUAUCUCUCCCGCAUCGUCCUACUUGCCCUUUCGCUCCGUCCUUUUUACCCCCAUCCCACCACAAACCUAUCUAAUAUGGAUAAUUCAUCCCACUUCCACGCUCCCCAUGAAGCCGGUGCAGCAGCCUGCACCGAACAACUCACCGAGCCUACAUACGCUGCUCCUAAUUAUUCCUCAAUUCAUGUCCCUCCAUGUCUAUCACCUCAUGGACGAGUGCAUUCCCCCAUCAUAGCCUUGUCAUAGUCUUUCUGGAUGUCAGCCUUGCCGUUCCUCGAUUCUUCUUUCUGCAAGGAGGGAAAUCACAUAUCACCCUCUCUCUAUCCAUAUUGCUUCUGUUCACUUUACUCCGUCCUGUGAGGGUAUUCUGUGUGUUACGGACAUUGCACGGCGUAUGAGAUUUCUCUUUUGUCUCGGUGUUAUAUUAGCAUUGUGAUAUAGAAGUAGCGGAAUGUCACGAGCCUUUUAAAAGACAGUUUUUCGGAUUCAAUUGUCUUGAUUGAGACGUUGAAUGUUUCCGGUCUAGUGACAAGAAUAAGUUGACAGCCUUUUAC